AUGUCAACGACGAAUGACCCGUGGACUGUGCUUGUUCACUACAACAAUACAGAAGACUUAGCAAAGCUCAUUGCACCUUCUUGGGUGGGCACCGCUAACAUCAGAAGCACUUUGGGUAUCCUCCAGAGUUGUGUCGUGGUGCUGUUUGCAUGCAUCUGUACAGCGCUGCAUCUUGACGUGCCAACCAAAACCGCCUGGCACGCCGUACUACUAUCGAAGCUGGGAUGGGUUUUGAUUACGCUCUUUGCCCCCGAAAUCUCCGUAUAUAUGGCUAUUGAUCAGUUGUACCAAGCGCGGUAUCUCAGGUCUGAUCUAUGUGCCAUACGUGAUGGACCGGGGCAUAUGGAUUUCGAAAUAGACCUCAAAUACUGCUUUCUUAUCGUAAUGAGUGGUGUCCACGUUGACGUCGAUGAUAUGUUAUCCAUCGCUGAUCUCGAUCAAGGGGUCUUCGACGACAAGCAUAAACCCCCAUGUGCUCUACUUUUAUAUAUAUGUUGGUUCGAAAAGCCGCUUGAUGUUCAGGACCCCGAAGUAGUUGGUCUCAGGGAAUUCAAAGGAGAAAUAGCGAUACUGCUACAACAACAGUUCUACGCAAAGUCCUCACAUCGAUUGGCUCUCUUCCCAUCGAAGGAGUCAUUCGAACAAGCUCCCCCUGAUUCAAUGCGCUGGGUUGAGUCAAUUGCGGGCUCAGAACUAAUGAGUGGAGACGUUUUACCCUCUGGCCUCGGACUUGUUUGGUCUAAUGGCCACUAUAAUCCAUCAUUCAUUUUGGAGGACCAAUUUUUUAAUCGACGAGAAGCUAUCCGGGCCGCAUACCCAUUCGAAAACCGAGUUGAACUCGCCCAAUCAACUGAACCUCUCUCAUGGCUUCCUUUCACAUCGACAACGCAGCCCCUUUACCUUACACAUCUAAAGGAGGUCUCGCCUUCUGGUACCCAUUUCUUCCAUGACAUGCCUUUCGGCGAGGGCAAGCGUAACAUUGACAUUAACUUUGGUGGACCUCAUUCUUUGUCCAAAAACUUUCUUGCCGUCUUUGAGAUCGUAAUGAUCCGCACAUUCUGGCUAGGCUUCCUAGGAUUACUGGUUCUUGCCAUGGCUCUCCCUUUUGCCUACGGAGGGGUUCAUCUCUUUGCUUGGAACUUCGAGUUCGCAAGCCAUAUAGAGGAAGUCUUGUGGAAGAUUAGCUCUAUUUACAUGGCGACGAUUUUCCCUGCGUACCUAGUUUUCGAGCAAUCUCUGUUGAUUAUGAACUUUUACUUAGGUUCAGAUCCUGAAGAAGUACCGUUGCCCUUGCACUAUACAAAAGUUGGCAUCGCAGGAGUCGUCGUGGCGAUCUAUGUGGUUUCUAGGCUCUUCAUCAUUAUGGAGGCAUUUCUAAGUCUAAGGGAUGUCCCUGUGGGUGUUUACAUAUCGCCGUCUUGGAUUCAGGCAAUUCCUCGUUUCUAG